AUGUUAAUUUCUAAGACCGAAAAUGAAGAGUAAGGUGAGACAACAGUUAAUUCAACAUAACCUGUAUGUCCUAAUUGUGGUGCUGCAAGGGAAAGUAUAUUAUAAUAAGUGCCAUCUCCAGCUUCAUUUAUAAUUUCCUUUGUUUCUUUAUUUUAUUUUGGAAUUUGGUGCAUAUUUAUCAUCCCAUUAGUAUUUUAAUCAACAAAAGUAUAUAAAAUUAAUAAAUGUUUAAGAUGAUAAUAAAGAGAUGCUACUAUUGUAAUUAGGAAUUAGAAAAAAGAAAAUAUUUUUAAUUACCAAAUAUUAAUGAUUAAGUAUUAUAAUUUAGAUUUGGCAAUUGUUUUGUAGUAGUAUCUAGAAAAUAUGCUUUAAUUUUAUUGACAAUUAUUAUCUCUUUAUUUUUUUAUUUUGAAUAUUUUACAGAAUAAGAGCAUCCUUAAAUUGAAGCAAAUGUCUAUUCAAAUAAAUCAUGGGUUGAUUUCUUAUAAUUUUGUGGUAAAUUUUAAUUUGUUGAUAAUGGUUUGAAAGCAAGGCAUUAAUUUGAAACCUAUUUUAAGAAUAAAAUAGUAUCAUGGAAAGGGUAUUUUAUAAAAAAUUAAUUUUAGUGAUUAUAUACAAACUAAACCUAAUCAUGAUCAAAAUUUUCAUUACAAUUAUUGGGUUUAUUUAAAGAUGGAUCCAACAGAAUCAACUGAAGAUUUACCUGAUAUUAUUAUAGGUGUAAAUGAAUCUUAAUAUUCAAUUUAAAUAUUUUAAAAAUUAGAAAAGGGUAAACCAAUUCAUUUUGAAGCAAAAUUUUUAUUUUUAGGAUCUGAAUAUAACUUUCAUAUUUUAGAAUUAAAAAAUCUUACUGUGAUACCAACUGAACUUGUAGAAGAUUUAAAAAACCUUAAUUAAUUCACUUUAGAUAUGGACUAAAUACAACAAUAAAAGAGAGCAAAACUAUCAGAAACACUUAAACAUAAGAUUCAUAUGUAUAAUCCAAAAUAAUUUUCUGGAAUUAAGAAAAUUAUAGAAAAUAUCCAAAUGGUAAAUAGUACAACUCAAUCAAAUACUAAUUAAGAUGAUAAUAUUAAAAAUGUGGAAAUAACAAAAGAAUAAUAAAAUAAAAAUAAUGAAGAUAACAAUAAAAUUGAUAAUGAAACAAUAAAUUAAUAGGAUGAAUAAGAAUAAUUAUUUGAUCCAUCAAGUGUAAAUAUAAAAAUAGAUGAAUCAAUAAGAGAGGAAAUUCUUUAAAAGGAUUCAGGUAUAGUAGAUGGAGUUAUUGAUGAUGAUAAUAAAAACCCAACCACUUAAGAUUGA